AUAAUGGGAAACCGUGACAAUAUUGACGAAAUGCCUAGCACAAAUAGCUCUGUGCUUCUUUCAAUUCUUAAGUUGAUUGACAAAUAUGAUCUAUAUGGUCAAGUUGCAUAUCCUAAAUGUCAUAAGCAAUCUGAUGUCCCUGAAAUCUAUCGUCUAGCAGCAAAAACAAAGGGUGUUUUCAUAAAUCCAGCCUUCAUUGAGCCAUUUGGACUUACUUUAAUUGAGGUUAUUACUCUUGAGGAUGUAAUAAAGGGAAUUAAGGUAUAAAAUUGCUUGAACUCUUAUUUAUUAUGGCAACUUUCCUUAACCAAAUUUCUAUGGUCUAUUAUUGUUGCAGA